AUGGAAGGGUGUUUGGCUAUUAAUCCUUUGGGAAGAAAGGGUGGUUUGGCUUUGUUUUGGGAGAUGAAGGAUGAUGUGGUAAUAAAAAGCUAUUCACAGUGGCAUAUUAAUGCCUUUGUCAAAGGUGGGGGUGAUGGAAGUUGGCUUUUUAUUGGGUUCUAUGGUCAUCCUGAUGCAAGCAAGAGGUGGCAGUUGUGGGAGCUUCUCAAGCAAUUGUCUCCACCUGAAGGAGGGGCAUGGUGUGUAGCUAGAGACUUCAAUGAGGUGCUAUCACAAAAUGAGAAAUGGGAAGGCAAUAGAAGAGAGGAAAAGUUGAUCUCGGGAUUUAGAGAAGCUUUAGAAACAAACAAACUGGUGGAUGUGGGAAUGAGUGGUAAUUUCUUCACUUGGAACAAUAGACAUUCAGACCACACAUUUACUAAGGAAAGGUUGAAUAGAUAUGUGGUUAACAAGGAAUGGAUUAAUUUGUUUGGGACGGUUAAGGUUGAAGGGCUCACAGCUAGUACCUCAGAUCAUCAUCCAAUCAUGUUAUCUGUUAGGAAGGAAAGGAGGUGUUUCUCUCAAAGGCAAUCUUCUUUUAAGUUUGAAGCUAGUUGGAUAAGGGAGGAGGAAUGUGAAGGGUUAAUCAGAACAGUUUGGGAUGUCACUUCUCAAGCUGGCAGGGAACCUCUUGUGUGUGUGCUGGAUAUGUUGAGAAAGUGUGGUAGUAAACUAAGAGGUACUUUUAAAAGAAGGGAUAGUGAAAGAUGUAAUGACAUUGAACAACUAAAUAGUAGAAUUAAGGAGCUACAAGAUAGAGAGGGGCCUCAUAAUUCUACAGAACUUCACAGCUUGCAAAAGGAGAGAAGGAAAAAGAACCAAAUCUCUUCAGUUGUUGAUGCUGCCUCAAAAUUGAAAGUAAGGAAUGAAGAGGUUGUGGAGGCUUUUAGGCAGUAUUACACUGAGCUAAUUUCGAAGACCCUUGCAAAUAGACUCAAGUUGGUGCUAGAUAAGAUCAUUGCUAAAAAUCAAAGUGCAUUCAUUCCUGGUACGUUGAUUCUAGAUAAUAUUAUUGUAGCUUAUGAAACUUUGCAUUCUAUGAAGACCAGAUCUAAGGGUAAAGGAGGAAGCAUGGCACUGAAAAUGGAUAUCUCAAAGGCAUAUGAUAGGGUUGAAUGGAAUUUUUUGAAGGCUGUCAUGCAGAGAAUGGGGUUUAGACCAGGUGAUGUUAUAUACCCUUCACGAGGCAUUAGGCAAGGGGAUCCAAUCUCCCCCUAUCUGUUUUUGUUGUGUGCUGAGGGGCUAAGUAGUCUCAUUAAUGCAGCUGAGGCUAAGGGUGAGACGAGAGGCAUGGCUGUUGCAAGAGGAAGUAUAAGGGUUUCUCACCUCCUCUUUGCUGAUGAUUGUAUUAUUUUUGCAAGAGCCAAGUGGCAUAAGUGGAUGAAGGUGAAGGAGAUCCUACGGGCAAAAUAUUAUAAGAAUUAUGAUGUGUUGAGUUCUAAUCUGGGGUAUGGACCAUCUAUGAUUUGGAGGAGCAUAUGGGGAUCUCUGAAACUACUGAAGGAAGGUCUUGUAUGGAGAGUGGACAAUGGAUUGAGUAUCAAAGUUUGGGGUGAUAAAUGGUUGCCUAGUAAGCCUUCUCAUCGAGUGCAGUCUCCUAUUAAGCAUCUGAAUGAUGAAGCCAAGGUGGCAGAGUUAAUUGGAAAUGGUGGGAGGUGGGAUGUUGAGACAGUUAAGGCUACAUUUACUAAAGAAGAAGCUGAAGUAAUAUGCAAUAUUCCUCUAAGCUAUACUGGUUUGGAGGAUAAAAGAAUUUGGGCCUACUCGAAGAAUGGUUGCUUUAGUGUUAGAAGUGUCUAUCACCUUGACUUAAACAGAAAGAAGGACUGGAAAUGGGAGUCUUCUGAUAAUCUAUACAGGAGGAAGGUGGUGGAGAAGCCAAUAUGCCCUAUCUGCCUGAGGGAGGAUGAAACUGUUUGUCAUGCCUUGUGGAGCUACCCUGCAGCUAUGGAUGUUUGGGCUGAGAAAGAGAGUCCAGUGCAGAAGUGGAAGUCAUCUGAGAUGGAUUUGGUUGCAGUAUGGAAGAAACUAUUAGCUGAAUUACCUUUGGAAAUGGUGGAAUUGGUGCAAGCAAAAUCAAGUCUCAAUGAAUUUCAACAAGCACAACAAAAGGGGGUAGAAAGAGCUGAAAUUGCUGCAGUAGGAAGAAGGUUGGUUAAAUGGGAAGCCUCAGGAAAUGGCUUUGUAAAAGUAAACUGGGAUGCUGCUUUCAAAGCAGACCAAAGAAGGAUGGGAGCUGGAGUGGUCAUUAGAGAUAAAGAGGGGAAUGUACAGGUGUCUUUGUGUUUGCCAAUAGAUUAUGUUCAAUCUGUUGUGGUUGUUGAAGUUGCUGCUUUAUGGAGGGCUCUAUGCUUAUGUGUAGAACUUAAUAUACAUAAGGCUAUAUUUGAAGGGGAUUCAUUGGAAGUGAUUAAAGCUGUUAAUAAUAGAGAAGAAUGCUUGGAAUGGCAUGGACAGAUUAUAGAAGAUAUUACAAAGAUUUUUUGUAUGCAUCCAAAUUGGAUUCUAAAACACACAUAG